CUACCAAUGCACUUUACAUAGAGACACAAUAAAAAUUGAGCACAAUGAAAAUACAGUUACAGUGGAUUAUAGCAAUCAAGUGUAAAUGGUGCCAAGACUAGAAUCAUAAAUGUUCAUCCAGUUUAGCUGUAGAAUUAUUAUGUGGCAUCUCUUAAUUUUACUCAUGCCAAAGGCUGAUUUCAACAAAUGACAGUGUGAAUAAAGACAAAUCAAUUUCUACAGUAUACAAGUUAAUAAGUAAUCUUUGGUAAUAACAGUAAAGGUAGCUUAAAUUAAAUGUUAUAGUAUUAGAAGGCCCUCCAUACCUGUAUUUGUUCUUAUGUACUUUUAUGCAAAGAUUCCCUUUCAUAUAUUCUUUGGUUUAAUAUGAUUGUAACAGAGCUCUCUUCAUACCACUUGUUAAUUAACUGAAAGGAGAUUGGGAUUUUUAUAUUUUCCACUGGGGGGAGAAAUUAUAGGCUAAUACUAAAACAAAAUUGGUAAUACUAAGAUCCAAAACUUGUGCUAAUUACAGGUAAAAUCAAUCAAAAUAUCUUUUUAAUUAAAAUGUUUCUUUCCAAAAAGGUUUCAUUAAUAUCAAGGUUUCAACAUGUUCUCUGAAGUUAUUGGAGUUUUUUCUUUUCCUAUCCUGAUUUAUCAUAGCCUUCUUUAACUGUAGGUUAUCUUCAUCAAGAAUCAAUUCCCAUGGUUGGGUUUCAGUUUUUCUUUUAACUACUGCCCCAUUUGCAUGUGCUAACAAGUUGGAAGAGUUGCAAUCUGCUGGGUAGUAACCUCCACUUUAACAAUCAACAUUUGAUUAAUGCUCCCAACCACACUCCCCUUCCCUACAGAAACUAUUUCUGUAGUUUUCAUAAACCAAAAUGUGCAGCAAUAAACUUAAUUUGAAAAAACAAUUACUAAAGGUAGAGUGUGUGCCAAAUCAUUACCCUUUGAAUAUUUUCAUGAUUCUAAGUUCUUUUUGUUUUGCUCUUUUUCCCCAUUUGGAGAAGUUUACGGUGAGAAUUAGAGUCAUUCAUCUCCAUUAGACCAAAUCCACUGGAGCAGAUAAUAUAUAUACACAAUGGUAAAGUGGAAAAGAACCAAGGAGUUAAAAGACCAAGCUUCUAAUUGCAGUUCAACCACCUGUUACAUAUCUUCAGGAAAAAAUCACAACCUCUCAACUUCAACUUCCUCUUCUAUAAAUUAGAAAUAACAAUAACCACACCUGUAACCCCAGCACUUUGGGAGGCCAAGGCAGGCAGAUCAAGAGGUCAGGAGAUUGAGACCAUCCUGGCUAACAUGAUGAAACCCUGUCUCUACCAAAAAGACAAAAAAUUAGCCAGGCAUGGUGGCACACACCUGUAGUCCCAGCUACUCGGGAGGCUGAGGCAGGAGAAUGGCGUGAACCCGGGAGGUGGAGCUUGCAGUGAGCCGAGAUGGCGCCACUGCACUCCAGCCUGGGCGACAGAGCAAGCCUCCGUCUAAAAAAAAAAAAGAAAGAAAGAAAGAAAGAAAGAAAGAAAGAAAGAAAGAAAGAAAGAAAAGAAAUAAUAAUAACCACCAUUCCUAUCUCAACAGCUUGUUCUAGAAAUUUUUAAAGCACAGUAUCACAAACAGCACUACAUAAUUGUAAAACAUGUAUGAAUAUAUACAUCCAAACAACAGCAAUGUCAUAGCCUAUGGGUAGAUAUAAUCUUAUACAAUGUACCAAAAUCCCAAUUUACUUCACUAGACAAACUGUUAUACCAAAUUCUGUACACAGUAUAUCCAAGAAAAUGUGUUGUUUUUAUUGAGAAACUGAACCUAGCUUGGGAACACAUGUGCACAGUCUAGUUCAUAAUAUUUGGUGCAAGUAUCAUUCUCUAAUAUAGAUUUACAUUUUUGCAAGCAAAUUUUUACUUGCAAUCAUAACAUAUCCAAAUUUUCCCUUUUUACUCAAUCAGAACUUAGUGUAAAGUACUACAAGUUAGUUCUUCGGAUUUCAUGCUAAGAAAAUAAUGCAGAUUUUCUGCAUUAUUAUGGUCUUCACAGAAACCUUAACUAUGAUGAAUUUAAAAGUGCAAAAUAAUCCAGGAUAACUUUAUGAUUUCAGAUUUUUUAAUGUUAAAAAUAAUGCCAUCAUUAAUUAGAAAAUUCUAAAAUCAUUACUUCCACUUUCUUAGGCAAAAUAUCAAUAUACUCUCAUUUGCCAAAUAAAUUAAAAGAUCUCCUACAAACACAAUCUCCUAAAUUGUGGUUUUAUGGCUUUAAUGUUUUAUGUGUGGCAACUAUUGAUGCUAGUUAAAUUUUUAGAAACUUUUUCUUUUUGAUUCCCUACAGUUGUCUACAAGAACCUUAUUGUAGCAUGAUCCUGCCAGACUUUAUGCUAUUUGUUGCUCCAAUUAAAACUGUUUAAAACAUGAAUUUGAAAAAUCUUAUUUUAACUAUAAUUUUGUAGCUGAAACUUUUUUUUCUAAACUUUGCAAACAUUCUAUGCAACCUGAAUUAGUGCUGAGAAAAAUGGAUCUUAACGGUUGCUCAAUGUUCUUCAACAGGUGAAAAGCAUAAUAAAACAUGCUCAUCUGAACUCCACCCAUUUUCAAUUUCAACAUAGCAAACCUCCUGUUUAUUCUUAGGGCAAAUUCAAAAUUGUACAUAUUGGGAUUGGUUAUUACUGAAGAUAAUUUAUGCAAUCAUAAGCCAAAGAUGCUAAGUUGGCAAAAAGAAAACCAUGUAAGUAAGCAAACUCUAACACAUGUGGACACACCCUCUCAGUAUAUAAAGGCUUGUCACUGUCCUUGGUAGCAGGCACUCCCUGGGCUAAACAGCAUCACCAUGUCUGUUCGAUACAGCUCAAGCAAGCACUACUCUUCCUCCCGCAGUGGAGGAGGAGGAGGAGGAGGAGGAGGGUCAUCCCUAAGAAUUUCGAGCAGCAAAGGCUCCCUUGGUGGAGGAUUUAGCUCAGGGGGGUUCAGUGGUGGCUCUUUUAGCCGUGGGAGCUCUGGUGGGGGCUGCUUUGGGGGCUCAUCAGGUGGCUAUGGAGGAUUAGGAGGUUUUGGUGGAGGUAGCUUUCGUGGAAGCUAUGGAAGUAGCAGCUUUGGUGGGAGUUAUGGAGGCAGCUUUGGAGGGGGCAGUUUCGGAGGUGGCAGCUUUGGUGGGGGCAGCUUUGGUGGAGGCGGCUUUGGUGGAGGCGGCUUUGGAGGAGGCUUUGGUGGUGGAUUUGGAGGAGAUGGUGGCCUUCUCUCUGGAAAUGAAAAAGUAACCAUGCAGAAUCUGAAUGACCGCCUGGCUUCCUACUUGGACAAAGUUCGGGCUCUGGAAGAAUCAAACUAUGAGCUGGAAGGCAAAAUCAAGGAGUGGUAUGAAAAGCAUGGCAACUCACAUCAGGGGGAGCCUCGUGACUACAGCAAAUACUACAAAACCAUCGAUGACCUUAAAAAUCAGAUUCUCAACCUAACAACUGAUAAUGCCAACAUCCUGCUUCAGAUCGACAAUGCCAGGCUGGCAGCUGAUGACUUCAGGCUGAAGUAUGAGAAUGAGGUAGCUCUGCGCCAGAGCGUGGAGGCUGACAUCAACGGCCUGCGUAGGGUGCUGGAUGAGCUGACCCUGACCAAGGCUGACCUGGAGAUGCAGAUUGAGAGCCUGACUGAAGAGCUGGCCUAUCUGAAGAAGAACCACGAGGAGGAAAUGAAAGACCUUCGAAAUGUGUCCACUGGUGAUGUGAAUGUGGAAAUGAAUGCUGCCCCGGGUGUUGAUCUGACUCAACUUCUGAAUAACAUGAGAAGCCAAUAUGAACAACUUGCUGAACAAAACCGCAAAGAUGCUGAAGCCUGGUUCAAUGAAAAGAGCAAGGAACUGACUACAGAAAUUGAUAAUAACAUUGAACAGAUAUCCAGCUAUAAAUCUGAGAUUACUGAAUUGAGACGUAAUGUACAAGCUCUGGAGAUAGAACUACAGUCCCAACUGGCCUUGAAACAAUCCCUGGAAGCCUCCUUGGCAGAAACAGAAGGUCGCUACUGUGUGCAGCUCUCACAGAUUCAGGCCCAGAUAUCCGCUCUGGAAGAACAGUUGCAACAGAUUCGAGCUGAAACCGAGUGCCAGAAUACUGAAUACCAACAACUCCUGGAUAUUAAGAUCCGACUGGAGAAUGAAAUUCAAACCUACCGCAGCCUGCUAGAAGGAGAGGGAAGUUCCGGAGGCGGCGGACGCGGCGGCGGAAGUUUCGGCGGCGGCUACGGCGGCGGAAGCUCCGGCGGCGGCUACGGCGGCGGCCACGGCGGAAGUUCCGGCGGCGGCUACGGAGGCAGUUCCGGCGGCGGCUACGGAGGCGGAAGCUCCGGUGGCGGAAGCUCCGGCGGCGGCCACGGCGGCAGUUCCGGCGGCGGCUACGGGGGCGGAAGUUCCGGCGGCGGCAGUUCCGGCGGCGGCAGUUCCGGCGGCGGCGGCGGCGGCGGCUACGGGGGCGGCAGCUCCGGCGGCGGCAGCAGCUCCGGCGGCGGAUACGGCGGCGGCAGCUCCAGCGGAGGCCACAAGUCCUCCUCUUCCGGGUCCGUGGGCGAGUCUUCAUCUAAAGGACCAAGGUCAGCAGAAACUAGCUGGGAUACUAACAAAACCAGAGUAAUCAAGACAAUUAUUGAAGAGGUGGCGCCCGACGGUAGAGUCCUUUCAUCUAUGGUUGAAUCAGAAACCAAGAAACACUACUAUUAAACUGCAUCAAGAGGAAAGAGUCUCCCUUUACACAGACCAUUAUUUACAGGUGCAUGGAAAACAAAGUCUCCAAGAAAACACUUCUGUCUUGAUGGUCUAUGGAAAUAGACCUUGAAAAUAAGGUGUCUACAAGGUGUUUUGUGGUUUCUGUAUUUCUUCUUUUCACUUUACCAGAAAGUGUUCUUUAAUGGAAAGAAAAACAACUUUCUGUUCUCAUUUACUAAUGAAUUUCAAUAAACUUUCUUACUGAUGCAAACUA